AUGAGCUCGACAGAAGACAAUGUUAUGAAGGUGAAGAAGGACAAAAAACUUCCAAAAACGAAGGAAGACGGGAAGAAGCGCACAAAGUCAUCCAAACGAAGCAAGUCAAAAGAUUCGUCGGCUUCGAAAGCCAUCAGGUCGGAGAAAAAGAAGGAGCGUGCGGCAAAGAAACGCGGAGACAAACAACGUGGCGGCGUAGGGGCACCCUCCAAGGCCAAGGCAGCCUCGAAGAAAUCCAAAGCGCGCCAGGAAAAAACAGCGUCGAAAAGCGAUGACCGCAGCAGUACGAGAAAGUCCAAGACUUCUAAGUCUCGCAAGAAAGGUGGGAAGAGUUCGGGUGGCAAGCGGAAAAGUGUGUUUCGCAAAAUAUACAACAAGCUUAGAGGCCCCAAGGGCAAGAAAAAGAAAUCGAAAAGAAAAUCAAGCUCGAAGAGUGGUAAGGCAUCUGAGUCGUCUAAAAUGGCCACGACAGCCAGCUCGAUGCAACAUGGUGGGACGGCAGGUGUGGGGCACCAUCCACCAGAAGAGCUGGCAUCGUCGAGCAAAGGAUCCCAGGUGAAGCACGAAGAUGGCGGGCCAGGGGGUUUCAAAGUGAAAGCAAACGAAACACUUGUGCCUGAUUCUAAGGUACAAACGCCAAAUACUCCAGGGGAAAAGAUGCCAGACGAGAAGAGUGCUGAAGCUGUGGAGAUUAGCGGGCCUAGUUCUACUCAGGAGGCGAAGGCAAGUUCGAUGGACACUGAGGGUGUUAAGGCACCCGAACCCACGAGCAAGCCUCAGCACGAAAAAGCUCCCGACACUGAAAAAGAGCCUACCGAAAAACUUGAUCCGAAAGCUCCCGCUUCAGCGCCUGCCCUGCUUGCGACUUCAGCGGAGCCGUUACCGGUGCAGAAAAACGGGACAGCAGCGUCACCACCUGUGAAGACGGUGGUGUUGGGUAUGUCUGAUGACUAUACCAUACUGGUGGCCAACUUUCUGCUGUGA